AUGACGGAAGAAAUAAGGCUAAACUCUUCCAAGCUUGGUACCCAGGAGUACUGGGACAAUUUUUACAAGAAGGAAAUUAGUAACUUUGAGGAGAACCCAGAGGAUACUGGUGAAUGCUGGUUCGAUGACUCUGGAGCUGAGUCCAAGAUGGUGGACUUUUUGAUCGAUAAGUUGAACGAUGGUGAGAUAGAUAAGGUAGAUACAUUGAUUGACCUAGGAACAGGAAACGGGCACUUACUUUUCGAGCUCCAGGAAGAACUUACGGAAAGAUGUGAUAACGUGGAACUAGUGGAGAACAGUAAAUUCCUAGGGGUCGAUUAUUCAGAAGAUUCCAUACUUUUUGCAAAGAAGAUACAUGAAGAACGAGACCCCGAGUUACCUUUCGAGUUCAGAAAGGUCGAUAUUCUUUCGAAAGAAGAACAGUUCUUUGAAGAUAACCCGGGAUAUGAUAUCAUCUUGGAUAAGGGGACGUUGGAUGCGAUCGCUCUCAACCAAGACCCAAUCUCUUCCUUCGACGGUAAGAUUGGAAUGGAAGUCUACCCAAUCCAGGUGUCCAAGCUCAUGAAAUCGAACUCCAUCCUCUUGAUCACAUCGUGCAAUUUCACAGAGCAUGAACUAGUCAAAAUCAUUACCAACGAUAAGCAGAACGAUUUGGAAGUUUGGGACAAGAUCAAUUACCCGAGUUUCAAGUUCGGAGGCGCCCAAGGCAGCACUAUCUGUAGCAUAGCAUUCAAGAAGAAGUAG